UAGAUUCUAUUCUUCAGCGUUAUCUACUUAUCCAUUCACAUUUCAUGUUUCUUGAAAGAUAAUCUUCUUAAUACAUAAGAUAAUUUUAAAACCUAUUUCAAUAUGGUUCUCACAAAAGAAUACAGAAUAUCCAUGCCUAUGACGGUCGAAGAGUAUCGUGUUGGUCAGCUGUACAUGAUAGCGCGUCACAGUUUUGAACAGUCCAGCAAUGGGGAGGGUGUGGAAGUGGUGGCAAAUGAACAAGUGAAUGAUGAGGUCAAUGGCCAGGGCCAGUAUACUGAAAAGAGGAUUCACUUGUCAAGCCAUCUGCCCUACUGGAUACAGUCAAUGACUCCAAAAAUAUUUUACAUCACAGAAAAGGCUUGGAACUACUACCCCUUCACCAUUACUGAAUACACAUGCUCAUUUAUCCCAAAAUUCUCCAUAUCAAUACAAACAAGAUAUGAAGAUAACAAUGGAACAACAGAAAAUUGUCUUGGUUUGACUGAUGAGGAACUAGGCAGUCGAGAAGUAGAUUUUCUGGACAUCGCUUAUGAUGAGAUCAAGCCACAUCAUUAUAAAGAGGCAGAGGACCCCAAGUUCUUCAAAUCUGAGAAGACAGGGCGCGGGCCAUUGGUGGAGGGCUGGCGAGACACCCAGCAGCCCAUUAUGUGCUGCUACAAGGUCGUUCACGUCAAGUUCGAGGUGUGGGGCCUGCAGACGCGGGUCGAGGAAUAUGUACAGGGAGUGAUACGUGAGAUACUCUUGUUGGGUCACCGACAAGCGUUUGCGUGGAUGGACGACUGGUACAACAUGACUCUUGACGACGUUCGAGCGUAUGAAAAAGAUAUGCAAGCCAAAACGAAUAGUAAGCUGAAAGCUGAAGAAGCGACCCCCGCGACGCCGUCAGACCAUAAGAAGUCGCCGUCUUCCAAACCACAAACGCCGAAGACCCCACAGAGCGCGAGCUCCACGCCCACAGAACCCCGGUCUUGGUUUACCUGGUCUUAAGUGUUUAUAUGUAAGUAACUCAGACAGAUUAUAAGAACUAAUACAUUAGUCUCAUUACGAAAAUGGAAAAUUACAUUGUGAUUGUUAUUUUUUAUUAUUCUACACUGGUCUUUUGUUAACAUCGUGUGCGGCAAAUCAUCGUGAACCUUUUGUCAGGAAGGUCUAAUGUUCAGUUGAUAUUAGGCUAUAACCGCGCGCGUCACUUGACGUCUUAAGCGGUCAAAGGGUAAAUAAAAAUGAACGUUAAAACAUAACGUCGAAAGAUGAAAUCACUUUGACACGUCAAUCGUGUCAAUCUUGCACAAAAAUAAUGACAUGAUAUCCCGCUGAGCGUAAAUAACAUUUAUACCUAAGGGUUGGAGAAUGGCCUGUCUGUGUUUAAUAUAAGUAGUGUAAUUUGUUAGUAAAGUUCAGGAUGUCACUUCAUACAAAAAGUUGAUCUCAUUAAGAUAAUGCCUUCUUGCUGACAAGAGCUUUUUAUCGCCAAGUAGUUUUAGAUUGAUCAUGAUCAUCUGUUUACAUUAGGACAAACGGUGACCGCUUAUUGUAUGGAGUGGAUUUUCUAUACAUACUAUUAAACUGUGGUGACGAUAUGUAAAAUACGGCGAUGUUAAUCUUCCUAUUUUGCGUGAAUAGGAGUAUGAAAACUAUUAGGGCAAUUAUUACAACAUAGCAUUUAUAGCAAUUUAUAGCAUUGAAUAUUGAAUGCAAAAUAAAGUUGUGGUAAGUGUCAGGAUGGCAGUUGUACAUCAACAAAUGGAGCUGCGGUAUAUGUCAGGAGUUAUUGCUAGCAAUGUGCCAAAUGUGCGCCGAAAUUGGAGCAAUGUGCUCUUUAAACUAGCUAUUUUAACUUUAGAUAUUUAAGAAAUAUUAUUAUUUUAAAUAGCAAUAUCACAUCUUCAUUGCUAUUUCAAAUAAGCAGGCGUCUAUAUAUAUACUUAUUCAAUUCCAUAUAACUCUUUAACCGCUCUCUGAAUCGGAUUGUGCUUCAUACAUGUGGGAAGCAUAUUGCGAGCACUAACCUAAGGUAGUACUUUCACCCUUGAGUAGGCAGCCAUUAGCUAGAACUGGAAAUGCACCCGCCAACCAGACGUCAGGAUGGCGGGCGCCAUUUAUUUCUUAAAUAUCUCUUGAGUUUAAAGAGCACAUUGCUCCAAUUUUGGCGCACAUUUGGCACAUUGCUAGCACAUUGCAUCUUAGCUCCAUAGCUCCAUAGCUCUAUUUGUUGAAGUACACCCGCCAUCCUGACACUCACAAAUUGUGGCACCGCAUUAAUUGGAGCGUCGUUAAUAAUACGAGUAGUGCAUUAGCACCAACCGCCAUAAGGUACCUUUACCGUGUAACGUCACAUAUGAUUAAGAAUCUAAAUAAUGGUUCCUAUGCUUAUAUGGGGUGUUUCAGCCCUUAGCCAAAUAUCUGGUUGCAACCCGAAACGCAAAUAAAAAUUUGGCUCACCCAUAGAAAACACCGAGCAGCCAAAUUACAAUUCUAAUACAAAUAAUUUAUUGAAAAGAGUAUUGUACAGAGGUUGAUCUUAAAGACUAAGGGUUGUUAGUAGAGGAAAGUGGUUUACAUACAAAUGCCUGAACUAGGAGUUCCUGUGUUUCAGGCAGCGAAGGACAAAAAUGUAAGGAACAUAUUAUGUUUAUUAAGCCCUUUUGUCGCGAUUUCGCUGUUGGUCCCAUACUAAAAGUAGGUCAUUAUUACCUAUAUGGGGCAUUUUCUACGAAAAGGGACCUUAUUGUCGAUGGCGCUUACGCCCCACAGCGUCGCGCGGCAUUGUAUUUAUAUCGGAGGAUCGUUUAUAAUGGCGUAAGCGCCAUCGACAAUAAGGUCCCUUUUUAUAGAGGUACCACAUAUAUUCACCUCGCAGAAUUUGGCUAAGUAUUGGAAAACAUUCUGUAUAUUGAAGUAAUAUACCUAUGUACUGUAGUAUAAAUAUUUACUUAGUUCACAAACUCCGUUCAUUUUGAGAUAGAUAAUUUUAUAGAGAUUUUAUUGUAGUUGAAGUAUUAUAUCUUUUAGGUUUAGAAGAACCGUUAUGGACUCUUGAGCUUGCUUAGCUGUUGAUUGUAUGUUUUUUGAUAUCAAUUUUAUAUUCGGUGUAAACCAUACAAUAAUUAUAUAAAUAAACGGUUUAUAUUCUCCAUUCUGGAAUACGAAUAAUGGUGUUCGCAAUAGAAAUAACGUGAUUGAUUCCUAUAAAUAUCAUGGGGACAUUAAAUCUAGUAACUUAUAAAAGGAAAAAAUCGAAUUCGGAACACUGGCUCCAUUUUAGGCAAAGGAUUAAUAAAGUUUUAAGAGCGGAGGACUUUGUGUCACGCUAUAAAUGUGUAGUGUUUAUGAAAACUAUAAGAUGUGUCCAGAUCUGACGAACGGCUCGGCGGCUCGUGUAAAU